UACUUAUUAAGCGAGAUAGUCUUUUCUUUUGAUUUAAUUUGAAAUAUUAUAAAAUAAGGGAAAUUGUGUAGGGGGAAUUGAUACUUAAGACAUCUAAUUUGAAUUUCAAAUUUUUAUAUAAAAAAUAUCAUCAUCCUUAUUUUGUAUUUCAUUUAUGGGCUGUUUGGUUCACAUUAUAAAAAGAUGAAAUUGGUUUCCAUGCUUGCCACAUUACGUUCGGAAAUCUCAAGACAAAAAAGGUUUACAUUUCCAGUAUUUGAUUGGUUGGAUAAUUUAUGUAAAAGAGGUCUUGAAUAGCUCCGUCGCAUCAAUUUUUUCAUGAAAUCCAUUUUAGCUCUAGAACAUCCGAUAUGGUUUUCAAGUCGUGAAAUACUUUUUAAGUGUUAUUGGUAAACCAACCAACCAACCCUUGUAAGGAAAAAAAUUGACUCAAGUUAAAGUACUUUUGAAGAAGUAGCAGCAAUCCCAAGAAAAUUUUUCAGUACAGUUCAAUUUUCAAAGAAACCAAAUCAAACCGUGCGAGAAUGGGCAUAACGUUUCUAGCAAAAAGAAAGACAUGUAGGUAAGUUAAAUUUUGUUGGGAAUUUGUAGAGAGAGAUAAUAAAAAAAAUGUAGUAUGAUAUCAUUGAUUUCACCAAUAUGUUACUCUUAAUAGUUUGUGACAAAUAUCUCAGUUAAAUCUUUUCCUCGCUUGGAAAGAAUUGACAUACUGACAUGAUUUUUUCUCAAAAGUUCAAACUCAACUUUACGAUUAAUGUCUUAAAAAGGAGCUGAAUAGUGACAUGUUAAAAUAAUGUCUCUUUCUCUUAUCUCAAAUUGCUUGUAUGUAAUAAAGAAUAAUAUUAUUCUAGUGUAUUAUUGUAGUGAAAAUAAGGCAAUAGUUAAAUGAAAAUGAACAUCAACAUUAAUUGAGGCAGUGAAGGGAAGGACACGCAGGCUUUGGAUCGUUAUAAUGUGUAGGGUGUUUUGUAUAUGAAAAAAUCCUUGAGGGGGAAAAAGAUGAAAAGAGGGGAAAAAAUACCUGAAUAUGUAAAGUCUGGUAUUUGAACCCAGGUCCAAUAAGUUAGCAAACACGUGCUCUGCUCGUAUUCAAAUUGGUGAAUACUUUUAUCUUCAACCCGACCUGUUUAGAGCCUUACUGCAGUCCCCUUGCGGGUUGCGGUUCGUGCUUGUUCACUUCUUUGUUAAAAACCCCCUCUCUUUCGUCAGGGUUCCGCUGAUCAUCGAUGCUCACAUUGAAGCUACAAUCUCAGUGAGGAAGGGUAAAGAGGCGAUCGACAAAUGGCAGCUGCUGCGGCUACUAAAUCCUUUAAUAUGAAGAAAGCCCUGGCAGGACUUAGAAGAAUCAAUUUAGAGGGCCUGCGCUGGCGUGUAUUUGAUGCAAAAGGCCAGGUUCUUGGAAGAUUGGCUUCUCAAAUAGCAACUGUAGUUCAAGGAAAGGAUAAGCCAACAUAUACACCAUACCGUGAAGAUGGUGAUAUGUGCAUUGUGCUCAACGCAAAAGAUAUUUGUGUAACUGGGAGAAAAAUGACUGACAAGUUUUAUCGCUGGCAUACUGGCUACAUUGGCCACCUAAAAGAAAGAAGCCUGAAAGAUCAGCUUCAGAAGGACCCAACCGAAGUUAUUCGCAAAGCUGUUCUACGUAUGCUUCCCCGUAACAAGCUUCGUGAUGAUCGGGAUCGUAAGCUGAGGAUAUUUACAGGAAGUGAACAUCCAUUUGGUGAUCGUCCCCUAGAACCAUACAUGAUGCCUCCUCGUCAAGUGAGAGAAAUGAGGCCUAGAGCUCGGCGUGCAAUGAUUCGAGCUCAGAAGAAGGAAGAGCAAGGCAAAGACAUUGCCAUCACAAGCAAGAAAAAGGAGCAAAAAGCUGAAGUCAGUGCAUAGAGACUACUCAGUUUUGUUCGUAAUGGAGCCUUCACAGAGUUUCUACAGGCGAUAUCCAUUGUAAUUCCAGUCCAAGUUUUCUUCUUGAAAAGUUUUGGUCCCUAGUUUGUUAAGGCUCUUGAUGAUCUGUUGAUGUUCAUUUAAUAAGUGAUUUGGACUGUUGUUCUACUGAAAGCAGGUUGUAGUAUUUUUCCUGCAAAAGCAUUUGGUAUUGCUUGGUUUUCUUUACCAGUACAUGCAGGAUAGUUGGCCCCUCCAUUUACUUUGUAUUGUUCUGUAUUAUGUUUUAAAUCAUACUACGGAAGAACAGUUAACCCUCUUUAUCUUGACACCUGACAGUCCUUUUGUUACUGAUAUGAUUAUGUUUCAGCUUAGUGAUGUUAAUAAGGAUAUGUUCUUUUGAACAAUACGUUUAUUAUUU